AUGGCUCAAGAAGAGAUGGAAGUUGAUCUCCAACCCGUGGCUGGUUACUCCACAGUGAACCUCGGGAGGCUUUCCCCAGAGCCCUCUGGCCUGGCGUUGCUGUCGUCCCACGGCCCGGCGCUAGGGGAAGGAGGAGGCAGCAGCCCGGCCGUGCUCCCUGCUGGUGACGCUGUGGUCACACCAAGUGCUGGUGCAAGCGGGGAAGCUGCCGCUGGUCCUGCCUCGCAGCCGGCCCCGCCUGCUCUCCACGGACUUCAGAGGCUGCAAGGGGCCUUGGAUCCCCCUCGGCCUGUGCCACAGGCCACGCAGCGCCCACGGGUCAGGAGAGCUCGUGGGCAGCAGAGGGUUGGAGGUUCCCAGAGGACAGUCAGUACCAGGGCAGCACUGGACAGUUACUUUCAACUCAGAAGGACCCAAGAGCCAACUACAGGACCUGUUCCACACCAGGAGCCCUCAGGUGUUUCGAGGAACAACCAGCAGCAGGGCUCAGAUGAAACAGCAGAAGUGAGUGACUCUGACAGCAGCGCUGCUGAGGAGGAGGAAGUGGAGGCUGCAGCAGCAUCAACCCAGGAGAUUCCUCCAGCAGCUGGCUCAGGAGUUUCCAGUCAGGUCCAAGCAGAGCCACCUCAAGCUCCUGCAGAACAUGGAAGUGAAGCAGGUGGACAGGCUGAAGUCCAGCAAAAGCAGAGAAGUCCAGUAAAGAACCUGGAGCCAUCAGUUCCUUAUGCACCACUGUAUGAGGAGGAAGGGGACACCUGUGCCAUCUGCUUUGAGCAGUGGACCAACGCUGGGGCCCACCGCCUGUCAGCGCUGCGCUGUGGACACCUCUUUGGUUACACCUGCAUUGAGAAGUGGCUCAAGGGGCAGGCAGGGAAGUGCCCUCAGUGCAACAAGAAGGCGAAGCGCUCCGACAUCGUGAUCCUGUACGCUCGCACGCUGAAAGCGCUGGACACCGCCGAGCAGGAGCGCAUGAAGAGCUCUUUGGAGCAGGAGCAGCAGCUGAGGAGACAAGCAGAGCUGGAAUCCGCACAGAGCCGCCUCCAGCUGCAGGUUUUGACAGAUGAAUGCAGCAGACUCCGUAAGCAAGUCCAGGAGCUGAAGGCUCUGGUGGCCCAGCACAACCUGAGUGCUUCUCAGCAACCCAGCAGCUCCCGCAGCCAGCUGCCAGGCAGCCUCCCCUCCAGCCAAAGCCAGCGCAAGUACCACUUGGAAAAGGUUUUUCUGGUGUCUCAGAGUGGGAACUGCAGAGUAAUGACCUACUGUGACCCACUGAGCUGUCUCGUGGUAUCAGCACCUUCUCCACAGUCUACUUUUAUUCCUGGUUGUGGUGUGAAGAUGAUGAGUGUGGCCAACCUGAAGAGCAGCCAGUACAUCCCCAUCCACAGCAAACAGAUUCGGGGGUUGGAUUUCGGCAGGCGAUCGGACGGCUUGCUGCUCUCUGGUGCUCUGGACAACACUCUCAAACUCACCAGUUUGACAUCAAACUCUGUGGUGCAGACAUACAACGCUGGCCGUCCUGUCUGGAGCUGCUGCUGGUGUCUUGAUAACACAAACUACAUCUAUGCUGGCUUGGUCAAUGGCUCCAUCAUGAUCUAUGAUCUGAGGGACACAAAAUCUCAUGUCCAGGAACUAGUCCCUCAGAAGUCCAGGUGCCCCAUGGUAUCGCUCUCCUACCUGCCCAGGAUGGACUCAGCAUCGCUGCCUUACGGUGGAAUAUUAGCUGGGACCUUGGAAGGAGCCUGCUUUUGGGAACAGAAAGCUGGCAACUCCUACCAGCCUCACCACCUGCCGCUGGAGCCCGGCGGCUGCAUCGACGUUCAGACGGAGAUCACCACGCGCCACUGCCUCAUCACCUACCGGCCCAGUAAAAGCAACCCCUGUAUGCGUUGUGUGAUGGUGGAACUGACCUGCAGGCCUCUGACAGAGGGCUCUGAAGAGGCAGUAUGUUCUUCUAACCCUGUGCAGAUGUUCAGUGCUGGGCCCACCUGCAAGCUGCUGACCAAGAAUGCCAUUUUCCAGAGCCCAGAGGAUGAUGGCAGUGUCUUUGUGUGUGCUGGUGAUCAGGCAUCUAACUCUGCCAUGCUCUGGGAUGCUGGCAGUGGCUCCUUGCUGCAGAAGCUGCAGGCUGACCUGCUUGUGAUGGACAUCUGCCCCUUGGAAGUGAACCAGACCCACCUCCUGGCUACCUUGACUGAGAACACGGUGAGGCUCUACAAGUGGCAGUGA